AUGUCGAAUGAUGAUAAGCAUAGAUCUAGCGAACCCAAGUACUGCGAUCCCAGGUGUGAACCAAAGUGUGAGUCCAAAUGCCAGCCCAGCUGUCUAAAGAAGCUGCUGCAACGCUGCUCCGACAAGUGCCCGCGAGAAAAGUGCUCACCACCGCCAAAGUGCCCGUGCCCCCCGCCAUGCCCCCCGCCAUGUCCUCCGCCAUGCCCCCCACCAUGUCCUCCACCAUGUCCUCCCAAGCCCUGUCCCAAGCCCUGCUCUCCCAAGUGCCCACCUCCUUGCCCACCUCCUUGCCCACCUCCUUGCCCACCUCCU